AUGCAAGCGCUCUGUAGUAGAAGAUUAUUGGUACACCUGUGGAGAGGUUCAGCGCUGAGCGGUGCGCAAAAAGCUGCUGUGCACCUGCGCUGCUCUGGGGCUGACUCCCAGAACGCUGGUCUGUUGCGACGUGAAGUGGUACAUAGAGUGGUACGCGCUCCCGACGAACUGCUUGCACGCUGCUUGUCUGCAAACAGAUGGAACUCCUCGUUUCGCGACUUGUACCCACGUGGUUGGAAGAAGGGAAAGCCGCCAGAAGAGCAGCCAACCUUAAAACCGGGGGUCGGUUCGCCAGCAGACCGGGAGGGUCUGGCUAGUGAUACCCAACCCGAGCGCGGCGACGCCUCCCGAGCGAAAGGCAGCAGAAGCGGCGGAGGCGCACCCGGACCCAACUGGUGGGCGCUUCUCGUGUUUGGCUCCGGUCUAGCCGCAGCGCUCUGGCUGAGCGGAUCCGAGUCAGGUGCGAGCAACCCGUUCAGCACACCCAAACCGCGUCAGAUCUCGUUCCAAGAGUUCAGUCGUGAGUAUCUGGAGAGAGGGCUCGUAUCCCACAUCGUGGUCGUGAACCGCAGCGAAGCCCGUGUCUUUCUCAAACGCGAGGCGCAGGGUCGUGCAAGUGCUCGCCCCGGCAACGGGUCGCCGUGGGAGAGCCCGUGGCAGAGACCCGUGGCAACCUUUGUGGUGCCCAGUGUCGAUGUCCUGGAACGACGACUCGAGGAUAUUCAGUCGCGCAUGGGUCUGGAGCCCAUCGAUUACAUUCCGAUUGUAUACCGAAAUGAGACCUCUGCGCUGUCGACCCUGGUGAACUGGGCGCCCACCAUUCUCCUUAUCGGAGCCUACAUCUACAUUGUGAGACGAAUGAGUGGACUGGGCGGCUUCGGAGCUCGCGGCGGUACAGGGGCGGGCUUCCCUUUUGGUGGCAUGCUGCGUCCGCCAGGAAGCAGCGGUAGCACUGGCAGCGGCAGCGGCGCCGGCGGCAUCACCGGUGGCGGCAUUUUCAACGUCGGACGCGCUUCCGUGACGGUGCUCAAUCGAGAUCCAAAGAGCCGCAUCGGCACUCGGUUCAGUGAUGUGGCGGGACUUGAUGAAGCCAAAGAAGAAAUCAUGGAAUUUGUGAGCUAUCUGAAAAGUCCAGAGCGGUACAAGCGCAUCGGUGCAAAGAUACCCAAGGGCGCACUUUUACACGGCCCGCCCGGCACCGGCAAGACGCUGCUCGCGAAAGCCACCGCUGGCGAGUCUGGCGUCCCUUUCCUGACGAUCAAUGGUUCCGACUUUAUGGAGCUAUUUGUUGGAGUGGGCCCCUCGCGCGUUCGCGACCUCUUCGCACAAGCACGGCAGCUUGCCCCGUGCAUCGUCUUUAUCGACGAGAUCGACGCCAUCGGUCGAUCACGAGGCCGUGGUGGCCUCAUUGGAGGUAACGAUGAACGCGAAAAUACCUUGAAUCAACUGCUUGUGGAGAUGGACGGCUUCCAGCCCAACAGCGGGGUGGUCGUUCUCGCUGGUACCAAUCGGGUAGACGUUUUGGAUCCAGCGCUCCUGCGUCCAGGUCGCUUUGAUCGGCAGAUCGCCAUCGAUCCACCCGACAUCAAAGGCCGCAAAGAUAUCUUCCUGGUGCACUUGCGCCCCUUGAAACUGGACCCCUCCAUCGAUCGAGAGGCUAUCGCGAAAGAGCUUGCCGCACGAACUCCGGGUUUUGCGGGCGCGGAUAUCGCAAAUGUCUGUAACGAGUCUGCAUUGAUCGCUGCCCGCGCUGGUGCCAAAGGGGUCGCGCGCGCUCACUUUGAAGCAGCGAUAGAUCGGGUAAUCGGUGGCAUUGAGAAGAAAACCAUGGUCAUGUCACCCGAGGAAAAGCGAACCGUGGCGUAUCACGAAGCGGGGCACGCAGUUGCGGGCUGGUUUCUGGAAUACGCAAGUCCACUGCUGAAAGUUUCGAUCGUGCCGCGGGGCUCUGCAGCGCUCGGCUAUGCACAGUACCAGCCGCGGGACCAGCGACUGUAUUCGCGGGAACAGCUGCUGGACCUCAUGUGCAUGACCCUAGCUGGACGCGUUUCCGAGGAGAUUUUCUUUGGUCAGAUAAGUACUGGUGCGGCCGACGACUUUUCAAAGAUCACCACCAUGGCGUACAACCAGGUGACCCAAUGGGGUAUGGGCGAUGCACUGGGAAAUCUUGCUUUCCAGCGGCGGAAUGAUGAUACAUCACCGCGCUUCUACAAGCCGUACAGCGAUAAAACUGCCCAGAAGAUUGACGAAGAGGUUCGUCAGCUUGUGCGCAGUGCCUACGAGCGAACUCGAAGUUUACUCGAGGAGAAGAAGGAACAGGUUCGCCUUGUUGCAGAGGAGUUACUGGCGAAUGAAAUGAUUACGCGGGAGGGUAUGGAAACGCUACUCGGGAAGCGCCCCUUUGUAGAGCACAAGACUUUUGACGAACUCGCCCAGGGCGCUUCGCCGACCGGAAAAGCGGCAACCGUGGCGCAGGACAAAGCGCUAUCCGGUGCGGAUCCCGGGCAAGGCGUCGAGACCGUUGGCGGUCCUACACCCUGA